AGCGCGGCCGCCCGCCCCAGGAGCUGCGCACGCGAUGCCCGCUCGGCCGGGGGGGUCCUGAGCUGCCCCCCGUGUGCCCGGCCCCAUAGCGGGACCUCUGGGUCGGGACGGACCGCCCAGAGUGCACCCCUGGGUGCUGGUGCUGCAGCAGGGCUAGGCAUGGCUGUAAUAGGGCGGCGGGACGGCCUGGCACCCCGCACCCACCCCAGGAGACCCCACGGUGCCGGGUGCUGGUGGCCGUGGCGGGUGCUGCUCCUGGCCUGGCUCAGCCUGGGUUGUGGCAUCGUCACCACACAGGUCCCAGUCCCAGGAGGAGCAAUGUGGGCCCCUGAGCCCCCCACCCACGCUCGGCCCCGCCGGCAGCCAGCCCAGGGUGCGUGGGGGCCGUGGGGGCCAUGGAGUGUCUGCUCCAGCUCCUGCGGGGACGGCGUUGCGUUCCGCACCCGGAGGUGUCUGCGCUCUGCCGAGGAGGAGCCGUGCACAGGGGACCAGCGGCAGUACCGGCUCUGCCAGCUGCAGGGCUGCCCUGGCGGCUCGGUGCCGUUCCGUGCCAUGCAGUGCUCCCUAUAUGACGACAAACCCGUGCAGGGCAUGCAGACCCGGCACCGCUGGGUGCCCUUCUAUGGAGCCCCCAACGUCUGUGACCUCAACUGCUUGGCUGUGGGGCACAACUUCUACUACACCUUUGGCCGAGUGCUGGAUGGCACCCGCUGCAGGCCUGGCUCCACGGAUCUGUGCGUCGGUGGGCGCUGCCUGAGCGUUGGCUGUGAUGGGAUCCUAGGCAUGGGUGCACAGACCCGUGUCUGCAGCCGGUGCAGUGGCGGGCAGGAUGGGUGCCUCUUUGUGCAUCGCCUCUUCCAGGACACGGAGCCCUUCUCCGGUCAUUUUGGGUACAUGAAUGUGACCAAGAUUCCCGCUGGAGCCACCAACAUCAAGGUGACGGACAAAAGCCGCAACUUCCUUGCCCUGAUGAGGAGCAACGGACGCUACGUGCUCAAUGGGGACUGGUCCAUCGCCUGGCCGGGGCCCUACGAGGCAGCUGGCACACAGCUGCUCUACGCCCGCAGCCCCGACGGGACCGAGAGCCUGGAGGCACCGGGACCCACAGAUGAGGACCUCCAUGUGCUGGUGCUGCUGCAGGAGCCCAACCCAGGCAUUGAGUAUGAGUUCUGGCUGCCCCGCGGGCACCCCCAGCACAGCGUGGUGGACACCAGUGCCCUGCGGCAGCCCCAGCCCCGUGGGGCCGGCAGCCCCCCGCCGGCUGAGCCCCCACUCCCCACAGUGCCCCCCAGGGCCCGGGGCCCCAUCACAGAGCCACUGCCACCGCAAAGCCCCCCUGGGGUCAGAGCUGCUGCAGGGCGAUGCGGGCGGUGCCGUCCACCCAAGGGACGCUCCCAGCGCAUCCGGCACUUCUGCCAGAGUGACUUCGUGUUCCGAGCACGGAUCCUGGCACGGCGCUCGGUGGGGCAGGAGAUGCGCUACGAGGUGCAGGUGGUGACACCGUACCGGCACCGCUUCCCCAUGGUACCGCGGGAGUACGUCUGGGUGCCGGACACGUGUGGCUGCCCCACGCUGCUGGGGGGCCACGAAUACGUGCUGAUGGCACGGCGGCACGUCAACUACGAGCACACGCUGAACCGCAUCCUGCUGCAGCGCGACGGCUACGCACGGCCGUGGUCGCCCCGCGAGGAGCGCGCGGUGCGGGACGCGGAACGGCACUGUGCCCACCUGCAAUGAGGCUGCAGGGAUGGGGGACCCCAGUGGGGAUGGGGGGACGGGACCCCUCC